AUGACAACGUUGACCAAAAGCACACUUGACACAUGGACAUUGGAUGUUUGUUCUGUCGCCAGCAAUAAAACAUUUGAUCGCGGUAGAUUUUAUUCAAAAGUGACACAAGUAAAGUGGAGGAAUUGCGGGGGCCGUAAGCAGAACGGUAGUAAGCCCUUUAGAAAGAAUGAAGAUCUUAUUUCAACUUAUAGUGGAAUUAUCCCCACAUUAGCAAAAAUAUGGCGUGAGGAAGGGGUACUUGGAUUUUUAAGGGGAAAUGGGACGAACAUUAUAAGAAUUGUUCCUUACAGUGCGACACAAUUUGCGGCAUAUGAAAAAUAUAAACGACUUUUACUAGAAGAAGGAAAAACAGAAUUAGAUGCACCACGACGUCUUUCGGCAGGAGCAUUAGCGGGCAUAACGUCAGUCGCAUGUACAUAUCCAUUAGAUAUAGUAAGAACAAGACUUUCAGUUCAAUCAGCAACAUUAUCAGGUAAAGAAGGACAGAAAAAAUUAGCAGGUAUCGCGUCAACAAUGAAGAUAAUUUAUAUUACCGAGGGCGGUAUUAUGGCAUUAUAUCGUGGCUUGGCACCAACCCUGUUGGGAGUGGCACCGUAUGUAGCACUCAAUUUCCAUUCAUAUGAAGUAUUGCGUAAAUAUUUUACACCAGUUGAUAAAACAUCACCACCGGUGGCGCAAAAACUGUUGUGUGGAGCGUUAGCAGGAUCAUUUGCACAGACAAUAACGUAUCCGUUGGAUGUAUUAAGAAGAAGAAUGCAAGUAACAGGGAUGAAAGAGUUAGAAUAUAAAUAUAAUAACACGUGGGAUGCGCUAACGCAAUUGAUAAAAAGGGAAGGGAUACGAGGAUUAUAUAAAGGGAUGGUACCAAAUUAUUUAAAAGUAGCGCCAGCUAUUAGUGUAAGUUUUGUAACAUACGAAGCUUGUAAGGAUUUUAUGGGCGAUUAUUGA